AUGGAUUUCAUUGCUGGGGCCAUUGGAGGUGGUCUAAGCACAGCAGUGGGUUAUCCGCUGGACACAGUGAAGGUGAGAAUUCAGACUGAGAGGCGUUACAAUGGGAUUUGGCAUUGCAUUCAGGAAACAUACAGGACAGAAAAAGUUUGGGGAUUUUACAAAGGUAUGUCUGCAUCAGUCCUCUCAGUAUCGGUGAUUUCUUCUGUUUCAUUUGGCGCAUACAAAAACUUCCUUUGCACCAUUUGCAAGCUGCGAUACGGGGCUGCGGACGCAAAGCCGUCCAAGCUGGAUGUUUCCCUCGCUGGAGGCGCUGCCGGCGCUGCCCGGGUUGUAUUGAUGACCCCCAGUGAAGUGGCUAAAGUUCGCAUGCAGACUCAGAGGAACCCACAUCCUUCCGUCGCGUCUCCCCACCUUGUUUCCAAGCCAAAGUACCGAGGAUCUCUGCACUGCCUGAAGGUGAUCGCCAAGGAGGAAGGUUUUGGAGGUCUCUACAAGGGCUGUUCUGCAUUACUGUGCAGGGAUUGCUCAUCUUCUGCAGUAUUUUUCCUUACCUAUUCUGCCCUGUGCGACUGGCUCACACCAGCCGGGAAAAAUAAACCAGGUUUCCUCGUUGUGCUGCUUUCUGGUGGUUUUGCUGGAGUCCUGGCCUGGGGAUUAGCUACUCCCCUGGAUGUCCUCAAAUCACGGAUGCAAACAGAUGAAUCAGACCAGCACAAGUACAAAGGCCUCAUCCACUGUGCUAGGGAAAGUGUGAGAAAGGAGGGUGCAAAAGUGCUUUUCAAAGGACUGGGUUUGAACUGCAUUCGUGCCUUUCCUGUGAACAUGGUGGUGUUUGUAACGUAUGAAGCUGUACUGAGAUUUACAGAUCAUUAUACAAACAAAAAAUAG